GAGAUGGGUGAGGGUUAGCUGCGGAGCCAUGGGGGAAAGGGAGGUGUACUAGUAGGAGGUUGCUUCGAAGAUUUUUGCUCCCACAGUUCUGAUUGAUAAAUGUCUGCUGUUCAAUAGCUGGAAACCAAAACUGAUAGCUUAUGUGAUUCCCCAUAUCUGGUUUAGUGAUCUUCAGUCUUCUCAGGUCGGUUGGUUUGGUAUGAUUUUUGCAAUGGGCAAGUAUUGGGGGGGGAAAAGGUAAUCUGGAAAUGCGUCGGGCGAAGGCAGCGGAGUUGUGUACGCGCGCUUGCGCAAAACAAGACGGACCUCCGCCGCAAGCCGACCGAAGUUGCUCUAAACUCAAACCGAACUUAAAUCGUCGAACGACAGACACCACCCUGGCACUCUCGAGACCUUGCCCGCCGAGGUCCUCCUCAAGAUCGUCCUUCCCGCCCGUGAUUCCUCCGACGACAUUCUGCGCCCCGACUGGUCUUUGCUGGCCCGUGUGUGCCGCGCAAGCAAACUCCUCUCCACCAAGCUGCCGCUGGAGCUACUCAUCUCCAGCUUUUUGCGUCACGUCGCUUUCCUCUCCUCCGCGAAGGGAAACCAGCUGUACCAAGCCGAAAUCAAAGACUUCAACCGGAAAACAGCCUCCGAGCCGUAUGUCAACCCCGAAUGUGGUGACGAAAUUCGACAAUAGCAGCAGCGACUCGGAUGACGACUCGGAGGAUAGCGAUCCGGACACUUACGAACGGGAGCCCGUAUUAUACUAUCGGGUACCGAUUAUCCUUGCCGAAACCCGGAUGACUGCCAUGCUUCGGGCGGGCAGUAUCGGUCUCUACGACCAGUUUGUGGCAGCCGGCUUGUACGAGCUGGACCACGGCGGAUUGGGCCCCUCCUCCAGAUCCUGGUCUGUGGUACGCUUGAUGAAGGGUGUCAUUGAUAGCGGGUCCUUGCCGCUGGUGGAAGUAUGUAUCACUCAUAUGACCGCAAAUACUCACGUUGCCGUCCCUUUAGCAUCUGCUCAAAGAGUGGGGCUAUUUCAUCCCAGACCGCAGUGCCUGUUCAGCGUGAUACCAGGGUCAAGCUGCUUCUAGGGGCCGGUAGGCUGGAGCAACAAGACUUCUGGCUUGCCGUGAUCGAGCAUGCCUUGAAUAGGAACCAUCUCGACAUGGCGUCCAUCCUUUUUGAAGCGG